AUGCUUUUGGCAAAAUUCCCUACACCCUUACGGGUUCUACUCAUCACAGCUCUCUGCGCAGCGACAACCUCCGCUCUACCAGCCGCUCAUAUCUUUGCCCGUGAGGAAACCUGCGAUGCGGACCAGACAUCAUGCAAUAGCGACAUCGCCAACUUUUGCUGUCCAAAGGGAAACUCGUGUAGGCUCCUCGCUGGACAAACCACUGCAGUGUGCUGUCCCAAGGGCCAGACCUGCAAUGUCAUCCAACCCAUCACCUGCGAUAUCCGAGGCCAGGACCAAAAAGAGUUCCCCAAUGCUCCCGUUAAGACAGUAGUCUUCAACCUCGAUCUGCAAAAGUGCGGCAAGAAAUGCUGUCCCUUUGGUUACUCCUGCGAAAACGAAGAGUGUGUUAUCGACAAGAACCAGUCUGAUGUCCCAGAAGGCGCUGAGCUUCCCAACGAGACUUCAACGCCUGUGCCCAGUGCAGUAACUACCGCCACGGGGGCUAUCGAGACCAUCUCCAUCAGCGCUGCACCCUCGACGAGCGCGGAGCCUACGCAGGCAGCUGAAGCUGGCUCGGACAAGUCAGACUCAGACCAGGAUGAAGAGCCCAAGCCUGACAACUCCGGCCCUGCUACAACCUCCAUUGUGGGAGGUGUAGUCGGUGGAUGCAUAAUUCUCCUCGUCAUAGCAAUUGUCAUCUUCCUCUAUGUCCGCCGCCAAAACAAGCGUGAGCAUGCCGGCACAGAGAAGCACAGCCAACUCUAUAGCCACGGCCGCCGCUCUGACAGCGACGCUUCUUUUGGCAAUAUGAUAUCUGAGCCCAUCAGCCAGCCCAACUCCUACCGCGCAGACUUCAUCCUCAAGACACCUUCCACUCAGCGCUCGAGCAUCGUCCCUGUUCCUACACGCCAGUUCUCCAACGCUGGUGAUCGACUUCACGCUCCACCUCCUCGUAUCCGCAUCUCCAUCCCUAACCCCUUCGACUCUCCCAACCCUUCUCCCAACGCUCAGCCCAGCCCUCCAGACAACGAAGAGUCUCUCCGUCAUGGAAACAUUCGCUUGCCCCCUAUCCGCGCUAUGAAGGCAUCUAGUUACUGCAGUCAACGACCAAGCACCCCUGAGCUUCAGCGCGAGCCGAGCAGCGAGAACAUCAACAUCUUUGCGGACCCAAGCACAAUCGUGAAGCCUCGUCCGUUGACGCGAGCUACAACAUUCACAGAUCUGAUGGACGAAGCUGACCUUGGCGCUGUGCGACGAGGGAAGCCAUAUGUCCCUGGCACAACACCCAGAAUCUGA